UGCUGUGAAUCCCCUGUCCGGCCGCCAGGGAGCUCUUGUUCGGAGCUGGAAAGUUGCAGAAGGCGGCGAGCCCAGGAUGCGGCGCGGAGCGGCGGAGCGAACCUGGUUUCUUAGCUGCUUUCCCAAAUUAACAUGAGAGACUCACUGGAUCUGGGAAUAUCCACUGCCUACCCAGAGGAGCACUUGGAGGAUUGUGGCUUGAUCUCCCUCUUGUGGAACGUUACUGGAACUAAAUUCUCGUGACAUUAAAGAAGAAACAUCCAACAGCAGCUAAUAAACUAUGUCAGCAGUUACUGUGAUACCUGCUGCUGUUGUUGGUACUGAAGGAAAUGAGGAGAUGGACUCUCUGAUUGUACUGCAUUAUAAUUACACAGGAAAGCUUAUUCUGAGGGAAAAGGCAACUGAUAACAUAGACCUUACCACUGUUGCAUUUCUGAUCCUAUGUAGUUUCAUAGUCCUGGAAAAUCUGAUGGUGUUGAUUGCCAUUUGGAAAAACAAUAAAUUUCACAACCGCAUGUACUUUUUCAUUGGCAAUCUAGCUCUCUGUGAUCUUUUAGCUGGAAUUGUUUACAAAGUAAACAUUCUUAUGUCUGGGAAGAAAACUCUGAGCUUGUCCUCCACAAUUUGGUUUAUUAGGGAAGGCAGUAUGUUUGUUGCGUUAGGAGCCUCCACCUUCAGCUUAUUAGCAAUAGCUAUUGAACGACACUUGACAAUGAUUAAGAUGAGGCCUUAUGAUGCAAAUAAAAAAUACAGAGUGUUCCUUCUCAUUGGAACCUGCUGGCUUAUUUCAAUCUCCUUGGGUGCCUUGCCCAUCCUUGGCUGGAACUGUAUAAACAACUUGCCAGAUUGCUCAACAAUUUUGCCUCUUUACUCCAAGAAGUAUGUUGUAUUCUGCAUUAGUAUCUUCAUAGCCAUUCUGGUAGCCAUUGUUAUCCUUUAUGCACGCAUCUACAUCCUGGUAAAGUCCAGCAGCCGUAAUGUCACUAACCAUAAUAACUCAGAGCGGUCCAUGGCACUCCUCAGGACUGUUGUGAUUGUUGUUAGUGUCUUCAUUGCCUGUUGGUCACCUCUGUUCAUUCUGUUCCUUAUUGAUGUGGCCUGCCAAGUCAGGGAAUGCUCUGUCCUAUUCAAAGCCAACUGGUUUAUAGCUUUGGCUGUCAUCAAUUCUGCAAUGAAUCCUAUCAUCUAUACUUUGGCUAGUAAGGAAAUGCGUCGAGCUUUCUUUCGCCUUGUUUGUGGCUGCCUGGUGAGAUCCAGGGCAGCCAGAUCUUUGCCUAUCCAGCCCACACCAGAUCACAGCCGAAGUAAGUCCAGCAGCAGCAACACCCAGAAGCCAAAGGAUGAUUUCCCACAGAUUAGCAUUCCAUCACGUGUCAUUGGGAAACAUGAAUCUUCAUUUUACAAUGGAAGCUUCUGUAAGUAAAAUAUUCCUCAAGACAAGGACCUUUCUAAACUACAAGUGUAGUUUAACUAUUCGUGCACUUAAAUUUUAGGGGGAAACACUAAACAAUUAUUUAACUUUAAGGACUUCAUCAUCAACAGUCAUUUGCUUUGCGUAUCUUUCAGUAAGGCAUCCAGAAAAAACUUUUCAUGCUACUCAACAGCCAGUUCAGAGACCAUGCACAUCUAUUGACAUUGUGACCGUGAUGGCAUUACGUUGUGAAGCUGUACUGGACACCACUUGAUCCUUCAGGACAUCAGUAAAAUCUGUUACAUUCACUGAAUGUUCACAAAAUAAGUAAAACUUCAGCAUUCACUAAACGCUGCUGAUAAUUAAAAAAUGAGCCUGAUUUUGUCUGACUCAGAGAAAAGCUCAUUCCAUAUACUGGGGAUUAUAAUUUUAUGUAUCUUGCUGUUAUGUUAAUGGCUUUAUUGUAUCUGUUAUAAAUAGCUGUAUAUUUGUACAAUACCUUAUUAAAAAGUCAUUGACGGGUUAGAGUUAACUGUAUUUUAAACAUUAUAUUGUAGUAUAGAGUAUAAGGUGACGAAUUAUGGUAAUAGGCAGAUGUGUUCUGAGGGGGAUUUUUAAAAUACAUGAAGUAGUAGCUUUAAACUGACAAACUUUGAUGCCAUAUCAAUGCAGUAUUUUUGUUUCUACUGCUGCUCAAACUUUUCAUGUUUAGUGAAGGACAACAUGACAGUUGUCACCGACAUUUCACGAUUUAUUUUAAGCAUGCAGUAGUAAAUAACUAUUGUGAGAGGUUAUGUAUGUUUGCUAUUUAAAGCAGUUAAAAUGUGACCCAACCAUACAUAAAUCAAGGGUGUGUAUUAUUUCAACGCAUAUAUUUUUACUUACUAUUUUAAGUGUAUUUAAACAUGCAUGUAAAACCCAUGUAAACCUGUGUACGUUGUGAAUGCACUACCUAAAUUGAGAUUCUUAAGUUUCUGAAGCAGGGAUGUAUCAUUUCAGAGAGCAGUGAACCACAACCAGUGAACCACAUUAUGCUUCUAUCAUCUCUGAGCACUUUUGUAGAUACAGGAGGGAAGAUGUGGUACAACAGAAUCAUGCUGAACAGCAUCUCUCAAUUUAUACCAGGCCCUGCGUUGGAUCUGGAAUGAGAGCCCACUCAGUUUGAAAGAUCUUCUAACUUUUCAGGAGCCUCAGAAUCAUCCUUUUGAGGGGCAGGUCCAGAAAACCUCUAUGAAAACAGCUUUGUAAUUUAUCACUGCCUUACCAGCCUCAGUAUAGGAUGCUGUUUGGCAUCACUAAAACCUAAGACCUAGAGUAGAUAGGACUUCAGAAGCAUCUGAGUUUAUAUUCCCAUGGAAGUGGCCUGUGGUACUUCCAUCCAGUUACUUUACAGCUAGAGGCUUUGGUGUAGGCUUUCCCUUCAGUGGAAGGGAAAUACUCAGAUACUUCUCAAUGAAAACAUCUAACUUUCUUGGACUCUUUUGAAGAUUCCUGUUUAAUGCCUCAAACCACACUUCACCUUAAGCACUAUCAGAAGAGGUUGAAGCUUUUUUAAUUAAUAACUUGUAGCAGCUCAUCCUUAGCUUGAGUCUGAUCUUAGUCAUUAUCAACAGCAUUAAGACAAGCAUGUACAAUGCAGAAGUGAUGUAAUGCCUUUAAAAUGUAGAGGUUUACAUUGUGAUUAUCUUUACAAGUUAGAAGGGUACUUGUAAAUGUUUUCUUCCUUUUAAUGAAGUGUACGAACAAAGAACAUAGACUGCAUUUGAACGAACUGUGAAAGAGAGUAGUAAGUAUGAAUAACUUCUACCAAAAAUGGUAUAACACAAGGCAUAUAGAGAGAAAGAACCAGAUAAACAAAGCUUACCAUGAACAGGAGCAUACACUGCAGAUAAGGACAAGGUCAGCAACUCUGUAGGUUUUUUUACAAAUAAAACUGACAACAUUGUAUUGUUGUGGCUUAAGUUCUUACAUGCUACAGUGCUAUUUGUGUGUAUUUUCGGUCUUGAAGAUCUGCCUUGAAGUUGCCUGUUUGGAAACUGCCUGCUAAAAUGCUAAUGUGCUCUUAAGUGCUAGCUAAUGAAGUGGUGGCAUGUGGCAGCAUUUCUUGCUUUUUGUAAAUGAGAAAGGCUGAGAAGACAGGACAGCUGGUGAAGAAAUCAUGGUGGCUGUUCCACAUCAACCCUCACACUGUGUUAUGAUGUUAUGUGAUAUUCCAUAUUUAAGUGAAAAAUAAAAAUUUCAGUAGCCAAAAUCUA